CAGCCCGGAGCCGCGAGCUAGCCGGGUGUAGCCGCGGCGGUGACCGCCCCCUCUCUCCGCCCCUCCAGCGGAGCUGGUCUUGGGCCGGGCACCGUCGCGGGCCCCCCUGGCCCGGCCACCUGGGACUGUACUAGGGAGUCGGCCACCUCCCUCUCUCCCCUCGCCGCAAAGUUUGUGGCGAAGCCGGCUUUGGGGCACAGCGCGCCCCCGGGGGCAGAUCCAGCAGCGCCCGAUGGCUGGCGGCAAGAGCCGUUGACCAGGGACGCCGCCGUCCGGGGCCGGAGCGCUGAGCAGCGGACCAGCCCGCCGCCUCCGGUGCAUGGGGCCCGGCUGAGGAGCCAGCAUGGGCAACUGCGUGGGGAGACAGCGCCGGGAGAGGCCGGCCGCCCCAGGACACCCCCGCAAGCGAGCAGACUAUUUUCAGCACAGCAGCGAGAGUGAUGCUGUAAACCGACGCAAUGAGCCGCUGAAGAAGGAGCGGCUCAAGUGGAAGAGCGACUAUCCCAUGACUGAUGGGCAGCUGCGGAGCAAGCGGGAUGAGUUCUGGGACACAGCACCUGCCUUCGAGGGCCGCAAGGAGAUCUGGGACGCCCUCAAGGCGGCCGCCUACGCGGCUGAGGCCAACGACCACGAGCUGGCUCAGGCCAUCCUGGACGGAGCCAGCAUCACCCUGCCGCAUGGCACCCUCUGUGAAUGCUAUGACGAGCUGGGCAAUCGCUACCAGCUGCCUAUCUACUGCCUUUCGCCACCCGUGAACCUGCUGCUGGAGCACACGGAGGAGGAGAGCCUGGAGCCCCCGGAGCCCACGCCCAGCGUGCGUCGCGAGUUCCCACUAAAGGUGCGCCUGUCCACAGGCAAGGACGUGAGGCUCAACGCCAGCCUGCCCGACACGGUGGGGCAGCUCAAGAGGCAGCUGCAUACCCAGGAGGGCAUUGAGCCAUCCUGGCAGCGAUGGUUCUUCUCCGGGAAGCUGCUCACAGACCGCACGCGACUCCAGGAAACCAAGAUCCAGAAAGAUUUUGUCAUCCAGGUCAUCAUCAACCAGCCCCCGCCACCCCAGGACUGAUGAGCCCACGAACCCCUGGGAAGAGAGGCCAGGGGGCCCUCUGCAGGGCUGAGAGGCCUCCGGAUGGAGCACCAGGCCCCCCCACCUUGCUGCUGCCUUCUUUAGGGGCACCUCCUGCUGUACGGCUGCUGGAUGAGAUGUGAAGGGACCCUGCCUCCCCGGAACACCAUGGGCCACCAGUGCCCAGCACCCAGGAAGCAGUGCUGCCACACAGGCCUUGCCAACCUUGUCAGAGAAAAGACGGACUGGAGCCCUCCAGCCUGCCCUUCUCCCGUGGCAGGUUCGAGCCAUGAGGGCUAGCCCGGAGGCCCCCGGAGCCCAGAUUGGUCAUCUGGUACUGCCAGCUGAGCUCACUCCGGUUUUCUGCUCAGGGUCUGAAGCAGCUGCUGUCUCCCUCCCCUGCCCUCACCCCUUAACUCUGCCCUGGGUACAUUGCCAGUCCCUUAGAGGGGAGGGGAGGGCACCGCUCAUGAGCCCCAAGGGCAGGGAGCGUGAGGCCGGCCUCUGCCUCUCCCUGCCCCCAGCACAAUUGGCAGAGAUCAGGCAGGUGGCCAGACAGCUGGGCUGCUGUGGCAGGGGUCUGCAGCACAGGGCCAUCUCCUGGCUGUGACCCAAGCGGUGGGGGUCUGCAGCCAGUUUCAUGGCCCCACAGCAGGUCCCUGUGUACAGACAUAUCUGCGUAUUUAUCAAUAAAGCCUUUUGCUCCUUC